UCGCUUUCACAACGCCUGAGCCAACGUGCGUUACAGAAGAGAACCCGAGAAAAAAAGGCACAGUAUGUUACAGCCUACUUUAGUUUUCCCAUCUUCGGUUUCACAUCUGCUACACUUUUUUUAAACGAGUAGCGACAACAGCGACAUGACGACCAAGGGGCAGCGACCUUGCCGGUGUAAGGCUGUAACUUUUAAAGAAGAUGACGAUUCUGAUACCGAGGUGGAGGAAUUUAACCUGGAGCCGAGGAAAUCGGAUGGACGUGAGCUUCAGAUUAUACAUAGCGGCCACUUUAUGGUGUCUUCCCUGCAUAUGGAACACACACCGAAAAAGGGCUACGAUUUCGACACGGUCAACAAGCAGACCUGUCGGACAUACCACUUUGGAAAGACCAGUAGAUCACACCUGUCCAUCGAUGCGUCUCUCACAAAACUAUUCGAGUGCAUGACCCUUGCGUACAGUGGGAAGUUGGUGUCGCCAAAAUGGAAGAACUUCAAAGGGCUGAAGCUGUUGUGGAGGGACAAAAUCCGACUGAACAACGCAAUCUGGAGGGCCUGGUACAUGCAAUAUGUGGAGAGGAGGAAGAAUCCCAUCUGUCACUUUGUCACUCCUUUGGACGGAUCCAUAGAGACCGAGGACCAACGCCGCCCAGAGGCCAUUUCCACAGAGACAAAGUGCUGGAAAAGAGGAGUUGAUAUCGCCAGAGAAUACCACAAAUGGAGAACGUAUUUCAAAAAAAGGUUACAGAAGCACAAGGAUGAAGACCUCUCCAGCCUUCUCAAGGGGACAGAUGAGCCGUUCUCGCUGUUUGGGGAGGUCUCUGCGGACAUCCUGCAGCACCACGAGACGGGGGUGUGGCGCGCCGGCGGUGGCGGGCGGCAGCAGCCUGAUUCACCGGUUCCCAUGGAGAUGGACCCGCUCUUCGACAUGGAGAUGUGGAUGUCGGAGAGCUCGGACACGCUCUUCUCCACGCUGGCCUCCCAUCAGCCCGCGGGCUGGCCCAACCCCAGGGAUAUAGGUCACAAUGGGAACGCAGAUAUGAUCCAGCCAGGCCUCGGAAACCUGCAGCCUAACGUGGACUUCACCGUUGACCCCUUUGAAUUUUUACAAGAUUUGUUCCACAGCCUCCGUCAGCCCGGUCCCACCCCCUCCUCAUCCGUUCCCCCCACACCAAGUUCCAGCUCCCAAGCUCAGCCCUCCCUGCUGCCCUCGGUGACUACAUCUCCCAAGAUCCCAUCCGUCAGCGCGACCAAUCGCGUUGGUGAUAUGUGUACCGAACCCUUCUGCUCUGAGAGCUACACACCUCUGUUCCCCGGACCCCCCGCGCCCGUUCCUGAGUCUGCAACCGCUGUCCCGUUGGCACCCCCACCCUCAAUUUCUGCACCCCACCCCUCUGUAGUUCAGUGCUCCAACAUGGCAACAUGGAAUCCCACUCUGGGCAACCCUUUGCCUCCCUCCACUGCCACCGUCAGAUCCCGCUCCCCCAGAGUCACCCCAAAACCUGCCCCGCCGUCUGCCCUCACCCCUCCCAGAGCGCAGCCCCAGCCCCUCCCUGUGGAACCAGUGGCUCGCCCAGCCUUCAAACUGCCCAAACCCCGCGAGCCGCCGGACCCCGGCCAGAGGACCAGACGCGUCCAGAACAUCGUUCCCGCCAAGCCACGCCCUCCGCCCCCUCUCUUCGUAGCAGGUCCCUUCCCCGCCCACCACAGUGCCGUCCUCAUCACACCCGGCCCUCUGCAAGCAGAAGCCCCGCCCCCUAGCAACGUAAUCUGCACCGCUGGCGACAUCACUCAAUGUUGUCGUCAAAGUCACAUUUCUGCCGAGCAGAAGAGACGCUUCAGCAUCAACCUGGGGUUCAGGACCCUGUGCUCCCUGGUUCCAACGCUGAAGACCAAGUCCUCCUCUAGACCCGUUACGAAUGCAGCCACUCUGCAGAAGACCGUGGAGUACAUCGGCAAACUCCAGCAGGAGAGGCACCAGAUGCAAGAGGAGGUCAGGUGUCUCCGCGAGGAGAUCGAGGAGCUCAACGCCUCCAUCAGUUCCUGUCACCAGAAGCUCCCAGCCACAGGUGUCCCUGUUAAACGACAUCGCCAUGACUACAUGUGGGACAGAUUUAACGAGUAUGUGCGGAGCAGGACUCUUCACAACUGGAAGUUUUGGAUUUUCAGCAUCAUCAUCAAACCUCUGUUUGAGUCGUUCAACAGCAUGGUGUCGACCGCCAGCGUGUUGGAGCUGCGCCAGACCACACUGCGAUGGCUGGAGCAGCACUGCAGCCUGCCGGCUCUGAGGCCAAUGGUGCGGGACACCCUGCUUCAGCUCAGCACCUCCACCUCUAUCUUGACCGACCCCACCCGACUCCCGGAGGAGGCCUGCCAAGCCGUGGGACGCACCCCUGUCGGGAAGACGGGCGAGUCGUAGGACCGCAGAGGAGGGUGAUAAGAAGACGGGGUGGCGAGGAGGGGGGACAGGGGCUGCCUUAAUAUUUCUGUGGCCUUUAACAUCUCUGUUCCCUCCCUAACUCCUCCUCUGAAGCUUAUCUUGUGAUAUACCUCCAGGCCUACAGAGGGCGCUGUUUACACUUCCUACUGCUCUCUCUGCAUGCGCCUUCUCUUUGCUUCCAGGAGGGGCCCAUCGGAGGCUGGCUUUCUCAGGUGAACUUGGGUCUUCCUGUUUGUCUACGCAUCGAUGCGUAUGGUACAUUUUUUGUGGUUUUGUUUUUUGUUUUGUUUUUAAGAAGAGGGCCUGGAGGAAGCCGUUCCAGACAUGAACUGUCAUUUGUUGACUGUUGACUGUUUUAUUCACACAAAGGAGUCCUUCGUUCUGCUUGAAGGGUCAGAAAGGGAAUGAAGUCACUGGUGCAGCUCUGUUGCCCGGUUUAACCCUUCGUAAGCACAAAGACGCCUGUCUUAUUUGGAAGCGGAGCACCUCUCUCGGGGCUGUAAAGUACACACACUGUUACAGGAACUUUUCACUUUGUCCCUCCGGAAGCACAAAUCUGCUCCAAGCUGUCCCGACUGCAGACCACCACCCCCAUCCCCUCCCCCCAAUCCAUUUUGUCAGCAGGUUCAAGCGCUUCACUCAUGGAUGUAACUCCAGUUAUGCAGUUACAUCCCUACAUUUAAUUAAUUUAGCAAUCUGUCUCUUACCUUGUUCUGUGGUAAACGGAUCAGAAAGGGAUAAAUCUCCUCUAGUGCCUGUACAUUAGUGUCUAGGUUUGAGGCCUAAUCUGUGCAUUGCAGCAGUUUGAAAAGCAGCAUUUUUUUAUCAAUCCACUGUUGCUUUGCAUGCUGACAUGCCCACAGACACAUUGCCGCAUCUCUUCAGUUAUUCUUGUAGUUAUCAUUUUACAUGUUUAAUGGAUAAUGUAUUCAGAUUAAUAGUACUGUAAAAAAAAUUUUUUUUUAAAGUAUAGUUUUUAAAAAUGAAACCCAGGGACACAGCAGAGCUAGAUAAAAACCAAGAACAGACCAAGCUUACGGUUCAGCUGUACAGCGGUGACCAUUCAGAAGUUUACACACUUGGUGUGCUUUUCCAGGGCUGUGUUACCGCAUUGAAGCACCUUAGAGUGCCAUUGUGGUUCUGCGGAUAUUGUUACAAGAAUAAAAGGCAUUCCGUGUU